AAAAUAUAAAAAUACUAGAUUUAUAAGUGCUUUUUAAUACUCUCGUGAUCCAUUUUAAUAAUUCUUCGUACUAAUGCAAUACACAAGUCAUUUUUGCAUUGAAAAAAUUACGUAAUUUAACGAAUAUCGAAAUUAGGCAUAAUGGCAGGUCGUACUUUGGCAUUGCAAACCCUCGUACGCCAAUCAUCAAGAUGCUACUCUCAAGUUGCCCCCACAGUCCACGGUAAACGAGAAGUUGUGGGCUAUGGAUUCAAUGGAAACCCUGUCUACGUAGACCGUGUAGAUUUCCCAAUGCCUGCCAUCAGGUGGAAGGAAACCACUCCUGAAAUUGCUGCUUUAAGAGAAAAAGAGAAGGGAGAUUGGAAAAAACUCACAAUUGAAGAGAAAAAAGCUUUAUACCGUGCCAGUUUCUGUCGCACCUUUGCUGAAAUGAAUGCUCCCACUGGUGAGUGGAAAUUCUGUAUUGGAAUGGCAUUGAUUGGUGUUUCUAUAGCAUUAUGGGCUUACUUGGGUGUUAAGCAUUUUGUUUAUGCUCCAUUGCCCGAGUCAUUCUCUGAAGAGAGCAAGAAAGCCCAACUUAAACGUAUGCUUGAUUUAGAAGUAAAUCCAGUUACUGGGCUUUCGUCUAAAUGGGAUUAUGAGAAUAAGAAAUGGAAGUGAGCUAUUUUAAUAUUUUUCAAUAGUAGGCUAAUGUGCUGAUGUAAAAUACUUGCAUCAAAUGUGUAGCAACAAUUUUAUUAGAAGAUGAAUUUUGUCUUCAAUGUGUAAACAUAUAAAGAACAUCAAUAUGAAUAAAUAAAUGUA